AUGAGGCUUCUAGCAGUGACUGCGGUGGUAUCUACUGGCCUCGCUUCGGCCUAUGAUGUGCCAGAGAAUCUUCAGCAGAUCUACAACAACCACAAGGCUGGAAAAUGCUACAACAAGCUUGCGGGCGGCUUCACAGACGGCAUAGGUGGCUCCACCACCUUUGCAUACUGCGGGGAUAUCGACGGCGCCAUCUUUCUUCACAGCUUGGGCAAUGGUGGACAAUACGAUAACAUGGAUGUGGACUGCGAUGGAGCCAACAAUACCGGUGGAGAUUGUGCCAAUGACCCGUCCGGACAGAGUCAGACUGCAUUCAUGGACUCGCUCCCUCAGUACGGGAUCAAUGACUUGGAUGCAAAUGUGCAUCCAUACGUCGUGUUUGGAAAUGCUGGCUUUGAUCCGCAAUCCUUCGGCAUGGAGCCGCUCAGUGUGAUGGCAGUAGUUUGCAAUAAUCAGCUGUUUUACGGCGUUUGGGGCGAUACCAACGGAUACGAUUCCACCGGUGAAGCCUCGAUUGCACUCGCUCAAAUGUGUUUCCCCAACGAUGGUCUCACUGGGGACAACGGCCACGGACCCGAUGACGUGCUCUACAUUGGGUUUACCGGUCAAGACGCUGUUCCAGGAGGUAGUGCAGAUUGGCAAGCUGGAGAUCGCUGGAGUUUUGAGGCCAGUAUCAAGGAUCUCGGUGACCGACUUGUAGCUGGUCUCCAGGUUUGA